CCAGGUGCUACAUGCCUCUCCCAAAUCAGUCGCAGAGAGCUGGGGAGCUAUUAUCAUCCUUACUUUGACCGCAGUACCACAAUCGGAAGCACGGCGGAGGUCUUGGCGCGCACCGCCACUCCCGCCGUUGCUGCCCUCAGCCAACGCGCCCCACCAAUUGGGCACCCGGUCUCCGCCAACGCUUUCCGCGCCGGCUUUCACCACCGUACUCCACGCCCUGUCAUUUUCUCCAUGGUUGGUGCGCCGUCUUGCCCUAUACUAGGCGUCGCUCCUGAACUGUCCUCAUGAGCAUGGAAGUCGACAUCGCUCCGCAGUUCGGAGCUGAAUUGAAGGAUGGCUUCAAGAACGUUAAUGCCUGGGUGGCCGGCGGCAUCGCUUGGCUGGACGACAUACAGUCGUUCUACCGAGAAAGAAGCGUCAUAGAGAAGGAAUACUCGGCAAAACUUAGUGCAUUAGCGAAGAAGUAUUACGAGAAGAAGGCGAGGAAGGCGAGCAGUUUGAGCGUUGGCGACACUCCGACAGUCACCCCGGGCUCGCUGGAGAGUGCCUCUAUGACAACAUGGGGAGUCCAAUUAUCGACACUAGAGUCUCGAGCCUCGGAACACGAACAGUUCGCCAGCGCUCUCAUCACCAAUCUCGCCGACCCCCUUAAGGGCCUCGCCGCGCGGUACGAAGAGCUACGGAAAUACCAUGCAGACUACGCUGCCAAGCUGGAGAAGGAGCGCGAUUCUACAUACGCAGACCUGCGGAAAAUGAAGGGCAAGUAUGACAGCGUGUGUCAGGAGGUGGAGAAUCGUAGGAAGAAGAUCGAUAGUGCUUUCGACCACGGGAAACAAAAAGCACGAAACGCUUUCGAACAACAGCAGGGAGAGAUGCGGAACGUGAAGAACACCUAUAUUAUUAACAUAAACGUAACGAACAAGCAAAAGGAGAUGUACUACCAUGAGUACGUUCCUGAGCUCCUUGAUAGCCUGCAAGACCUUUCCGAGACCCGAGUUAACAAGCUCAACUCCCUAUGGUCGAUUGCUGCUCAGAUAGAGACACAGACGCUAUCACGGAGCACCGACUACCUCAAACAUCUAUCGGCGGAGAUUCCACGAAAUAACCCUUUGCUCGACUCAAUGAUGUUUGUUCGACACAACGCUGGUCCAUGGCAAGAGCCUCCGGAUUUCCAAUUCGAACCUAGUCCGGUGUGGCUUGACGACGGUACCAUUGCUACAGACGAGGCUGCAGCAGUGUUCCUUCGGAAUGUGCUCAUCAAAACGAAAGCAUCACUGGCAGACCAGCGGCGCGACCUAGACAAGAAGAGGAAGGAGGUGGAGAAUGCGAGGAAGGUGCGGCAGAACAUUCGAGAGGGCAAAGAUAAAAGAGAUGAAGUGGAAGUAGUUCGUGCCAUCUUUUCCCUUCAGGAGAGCAUGCAUGAAGUGGAGCGACAGAAGGUGAGCGGGGAAGUGGAAGUGGCGACAAUCACCUCGGCCGUUGGUGAUCUGAGCUUGGGCGCAAGGAACCACAACUUCAAGUCUCAAACCUUCAAGAUACCGACAAAUUGCGACCUCUGCGGUGACAGAAUAUGGGGUUUGUCUGCCAAAGGUUUCGAUUGCCGAGACUGCGGAUACACAUGUCACAGCAAAUGCGAGCUGAAAGUCCCAGCGGACUGUCCCGGCGAACAGAGCAAGGAAGAGAAGAAGAAGCUUAAGGACGAGCGACAAAAGUCAGCUCAUACCACAGUGCCAGCUAAUGGCUCCCCCGGUGGGGCGUCGGAUAUGCCGCAGAUACGUCGGAGCGACACCGUAAACUCGAUGAACACCCUUAGUUCGGGAUAUUCAGCUACCGCCCAUCGGUCGGUGUCUGGCGGCAUGUCACCAACAACAGAAGAGCCUCCCGCGGAGAAGAAACCUGCCGUAGCAGCCCCCAGGAGAAACCGCAUCGUCGCUCCACCUCCCGCGCAGUAUGUCAAGGAAGAUCCCGACCUGCCUCCUCCUCCGGCAUCGAAGUCUACAGAGCAGAAGGGCCGAAUGCUUUACGCAUACCAGCAAAACGGCGAUGGCGAGCUUACUGUACCCGACGGCCGCGAUGUAACUAUAUUGGAACCGGAUGACGGCUCCGGCUGGACCAAAGUCCGCGCCGGCUCCAAGGAAGGCCUCGUCCCCGCCUCCUACGUUGAAACCAUGCCCCUCACACCCCCGUCCUCCAACCGCCCUGACUCCACCUACUCCGCAUCGUCGGCCUCCCUCGCCGGCAGCGUCACCACGGCCACCACGGCGGGCAAGAAGAAAGGCCCGGCCGUGGCGCCCAAGCGUGGCGCCAAGAAACUCAAGUACGUCGAAGCCAUGUACGAGUACACCGCGCAGAGCGAUGCCGAGCAUAGUAUGGCGGAGGGAGAGAGGUUCGUGCUAAUUAAUAUGGAUGCUGGCGAUGGGUGGGCAGAUGUGGAGAAGGAUGGUGUGGUGAGGAGUGUACCUGCGAAUUAUCUCCAGCAGGUUUGAUCAAUGGCAAAAGCAUCAUUGGGGGAGAGGGUUGGCAUUUGGUUUCUAGAGCAUGAGCUUCUUUGGCAUGGCGUACAAGGCGUUCGUUUGUAUGGAUCCUCGAUAGAAGUCGAUUGUAUGUUUUGAAUGGGAAGCAUUGAUUCAAUUGAGAGCGUUCCGUUCCUACAUCUCAGCACACGAAUGAGUUCGAGAAGCUCCUAGCUUCCUACCCGGCUCGCGGCCGCACCGUUAGCCAGCGGCGGUGUAAAACGAGAUUCAAACAGCUAUCCUAUGUAAUACAUCUGAUAGAACAUGCCAACGCGCAUAUCAAUG